AUGUCUCCCGAUAGAGGUGAUGUCUGGUGGCAUCGAGUGCUGCAAGAGCUGGCCAUAACAGUCCCGUUGAUGUUUGGGGGCUACUAUAUCAUCAAGUAUGCCCUCGCACAGAUAAAUCUCGACCCAGAGGCGGAACAGAAAGAGCAAACUCGCUUGCAAUCCGCCGCAAUAUUACGACGACUCGAUAAUCCGCAACAGAACCAGCUUGCCAAACGAUCCCCUGCGGAACGACAACCAAAGGAAAAUCUACGUCUGUCUCAAUAUGAAGAAGUUAUCCUACAAGAGCUAGUGUUUCCAGAGGAUAUACCUGUGUCAUUUGACGAUAUUGGCGGCCUGUCAGAUAUAAUAGAGGAUCUCAGGGAGUCAGUGAUAUACCCUUUGAUCUUACCCGAACUCUACUCAACGACUUCCUCCCUACUGGCGGCGCCUUCCGGUGUCCUUUUAUAUGGCCCUCCUGGUUGCGGGAAGACCAUGCUGGCGAAGGCUCUUGCCCACGAGAGCGGUGCAUGUUUCAUCAACCUACACAUAUCCACCGUUACCAACAAAUGGUUCGGCGAUUCCAACAAACUGGUCAACGCCGUCUUCUCUCUGGCUCGCAAGCUGCAACCGGUGAUUGUCUUCAUCGACGAAAUUGACGCAGUUCUGGGCACGCGACACAGUGGCGAGCAUGAAGCAAGCGGCAUGGUCAAGGCCGAGUUUAUGACGCUGUGGGAUGGGUUAGCUUCGGCCAACACUUCUGGUCAGCCACAACGAAUUUUGAUUCUUGGAGCCACCAAUCGCCUCCACGAUAUCGACGACGCUAUCUUGCGACGCAUGCCCAAAAGGUUCCCCAUCUCGCUGCCCAAUGCCUCUCAGCGCCUCAAGAUCUUGAAGAUCAUCCUUCGAGAUACCAAAUUUGACAAGGAAAAUCUCGACCUGGAGUAUUUGUCAAGAGUGAUGGCAGGGAUGUCAGGAAGCGAGAUCAAAGAGGCUUGCCGGGAAGCAGCAAUGGUGCCUGUCCGUGAGAUGAUCCAGCGGCAGAGGGAAAGUGGGCAGCGUAUGGAGACUAUGAAGGCAGGAGAUGUCCGAGGUCUUUGUACUGCCGACUUCUUCCUGAAAGCGCGUGCGACCAAGGAGGCUGCUCAGGGCUCAAAGGGAGACAAAGACGAUAGGGCAUGGAGCACUGAGUCAUCAUCCCCAAUCGCCGACGAUGUGGAAGACGCCGCGGAAGACUUGCAUCAACCGGAUUAA